CCAGAGAAGUAAAUAGUAUUCAAUUCAACCGUAUCUAAAUUGACAUCACUUUUGUAGAACAUUCAAUUAAAAAAAAUUCAAGUAACACGUGAAAUCAAUUCUUCAAUGUGGAUUGAUGUGAAAAUUUAGUUGUUUAAUAGGUAAUUUACAUUUGAGGAAACCACUGAAGAAAUCCAAAGACACGGAUGAAGGAUCAAAAUAUAGAACUCGGCCAAUUGUCACCCUCCAGUCCUACCAAUGGUUCCUCGAGAAUUUCAGAUGGCCAUGACCAUGCCCCAGAUGAGGAAGAUGGCCAUGCAUCGUCCGCACUUGACAGAGAGACGAUUGCGUCUGGUGAUAAUCAAGCAGCUGGUGAACAACGUGUGAUAUUUAUUAAUAGGGCUCAGCCACCUGUUCCAAAAUUUGUUCAUAAUAGGAUAUCAACGGCCAAAUAUAGUAUAAUAAGAUUUAUACCACUGUUUCUGUACGAACAGUUCCGAAGAUGGGCGAACGUUUUCUUUUUAAUGAUAGCUAUGCUGCAACAGAUACCCGAUGUGUCACCGACUGGACGAUACACCACACUAGUGCCUCUCGUUUUUAUACUUUCAGUAUCAGCUAUCAAAGAAAUAAUAGAAGAUAUUAAACGUCAUCGGGCUGAUGAUGAAACAAAUCAUAGAAAAAUAGAAGUUUUGAGAGGAAACAACUGGAUAACUGUAAGAUGGAUGGAUGUUAUAGUGGGUGAUAUUGUGAAAGUACUCAAUAAUACUUUUUUUCCUGCCGACUUGAUACUUUUAUCUUCAAGUGAACCACAGGGCAUGAGUUUUAUUGAAACCGCAAACUUGGACGGUGAGACAAAUUUAAAAAUUCGACAAGCUCUUCCCAGUACAGCAGUAGUUACUAAUACACAUGACUUGAAACAAUUAUCAGGGACCGUUGAAUGUGAACCUCCAAAUAAGCUUUUAUAUGAAUUCAAUGGCGUUCUUAAACUGAGUAACAAAUCGCCAGAACCAUUAGGACCUGAUCAACUGUUGUUAAGAGGAGCUAUUUUAAGAAAUACAUCUUGGGUUUUUGGUAUUGUCAUUUAUACAGGACAUGAAACAAAACUGAUGAGGAAUUCAACUUUAGCCCCUCUGAAGCGUUCUACUGUAGAUAAGUUAACUAAUAUACAAAUAUUACUAUUGUUUGGAGUACUCUUCGUAAUGUGUUUACUGUGUUCAAUAUUUAAUGUUAUAUGGAUCAAUAAACAUGCCUCGACUGAUUGGUAUAUUGGACUAGAAGGUAGCUCUCAUAAUUUUUUAUACAAUCUAUUGACAUUCUUGAUUCUAUUCAAUAAUUUGAUACCCAUAUCUCUUCAAGUCACAUUGGAAGUUGUUAGAUUUAUUCAGGCAGGUUUUAUCAAUAUGGAUGCUGAAAUGUACCAUGCUGAAACCGAUACACCUGCAAUGGCAAGAACGUCUAAUUUGAAUGAAGAGUUAGGCCAAGUAAAAUACAUAUUUUCAGAUAAAACUGGAACCCUAACUAGGAAUGUAAUGGAAUUCAAAAAAUGUGCCGUAGGACCGAAUAUUUAUACUACUACUGACAACUUUGAGGAUUCCAUUUUAGUUCAGAAUUUAAAACAGGGUGGCAAAGAUGCUGAUCUUCUCAAGGAUUUGCUUGUCCUUUUAUCUGUUUGUCACACCGUGAUACCUGAAAAAAUGCCCGACGGAAGUAUAGUUUACCAUGCGGCCUCACCCGAUGAAAGAGCGUUGGUCUACGGAGCCUCCAAGUACGGAUAUAUUUUUGAAAGCCGUACACCAGAUUCCGUUGAAAUCAGUGCCCUAGGUGUCCGAGAACGGUAUGAAAUUUUAACAGUUCUAGAAUUCACUUCAGCCCGAAAGAGAAUGUCUGUUAUAGUUAGAGAUCCUAAAGGUAAAAUAAAAUUGUACUGUAAAGGAGCAGACACUGUUAUAUAUGAAAGACUGGACAACAAUUCAGGAAAAGAACAUGGAGAUGUACUGCUGCAGCAUUUGGAAAAUUUUGCUAGUGAAGGGUUGAGGACGCUCUGUUGUGCAGUUGCUGAAUUGAAGGCAAAUGAUUUUGACGACUGGAAACAGCUAUACCAUAAAGCUAGCAUAUCCAUUCAGCAUAGAGAAGAAAAAAUAGAAGAAGCGGCCAAUAUGAUUGAAAGGAAACUGAAGCUAAUAGGUGCCACCGCAAUUGAAGAUAAGCUCCAAGAUGGUGUUCCAGAUACAAUAGCUGCUUUGCUGCAAGCCGAUAUUAAUCUGUGGGUACUUACUGGGGAUAAACAGGAAACAGCUAUUAACAUAGGUUAUUCUUGUAAACUGUUAACUAGCGGCAUGCAGUUAAUUAUACUCAAUGAAGAUGGACUGGAUAAAGCUAGAGAAUCUAUAUUGAGGCACUGUGAAGAACUGGGGGUCAAUUUAGAAAAACAAAAUGACAUUGCCUUAAUUAUCGAUGGAAAAACAUUGAAGUAUGCUUUAUCAUGCGAGUUAAGGACAGAUUUUCUGAAACUUUGUGUGUCAUGUAAAGUUGUUAUCUGUUGUCGUGUUUCACCCAUGCAGAAAGCUGAAGUCGUUGAGUAUGUCACAGAAUACACCAGAAGCGUAACUCUGGCCAUUGGAGAUGGCGCAAAUGAUGUUGCUAUGAUACAAAAAGCCCACGUUGGCGUUGGGAUUUCUGGAUGUGAAGGUCUGCAGGCUGCCUGCGCAUCAGACUACAGUAUUGCACAAUUCAGAUUUCUUCAAAGACUUCUCCUGGUACACGGAGCAUGGAACUAUUCUCGAAUGUGCAAGAUCAUAUUAUACAGCUUCUACAAGAACAUCUGUCUGUACGUCAUCGAAUUAUGGUUUGCGAUUUAUUCUGCCUGGUCAGGACAGAUUCUAUUUGAAAGAUGGUCCAUAGGUCUAUACAAUGUUUUCUUUACUGCGUUACCUCCUCUUGCUAUGGGACUGUUCGAUAAGCCGUGCAGUGCCGAGAAUAUGAUGAUGUAUCCGAAGUUGUAUAAACCGUCGCAGAGUGGGGAGUUGUUUAACAUAAGAGUUUUCUGGAUCUGGAUCAUAAAUGGGUUAAUACAUUCGGCCGUGCUAUUCUGGUUGCCGAUGUUGGCUUGUCAGAAUGACAUUUUAUGGAUAGGUGGUCGUGACGGAGGAUAUUUGGUUAUGGGAAACUGUGUAUAUACGUAUGUUGUUGUAACUGUAUGCCUGAAAGCGGGACUAGUUACGAAUUCAUGGACUUGGUUGACUCAUUGUGCCAUAUGGGGUUCGAUAGUUGUGUGGUUUUUUUUCAUCAUAAUAUAUAGUUUAUUCUGGCCAACAAUACCAUUUGGAAGUAUCAUGUCUGGAAUGUAUAUUAUGCUCUUUUCGUCUGCUGUAUUCUGGUUGGGCUUGAUUGUUAUACCGAUAAUUACCUCAUUACCUGAUAUUGCCAUCAAAGUGAUGAACACUACUGUAUUCAAGUCAUUGACCGAUGUCAUUAGAGAAAGUGAGAUAAAGAAGAAGUCUCCUGACUUGUACAUAGGAGAACCGAAGAAUUCGUAAGUACCUUAUCAGUCU